AUGGUUACUUUGGUAUCACAUAUUUCUAAUUAUUUCGAACAAUUUAAUAGUUCAUUAACAAACGAUUUACUAUCAACAACUCAUGGUCUCUCAGCAGAUACAACACCAAUCUCCUAUUAUGUAUUCGAUUUUGAACGUUAUAGUGAUAAAAUAGGAACACUACAUGAUUUGCGUAAAUUUAUGAUUCAGCGUUGGCAUAAUAGUUUUUUCUAUGCUAUUACAUAUCUAUUACUAAUCUAUGCCGGUCAGAUUUAUAUGAAAAAUAAGCCAAGAUUUGAAUUACGUUAUUGGUUGGCUGCAUGGAGUGGAUUACUUGCUUUAUUUUCUAUAUUUGGAGCAAUUCGAGUUCUACCAGAAUUAGUUUAUGUAAUUUAUAGACAUGGAAUUAAAUAUUCAAUAUGUAAUAAUUCCAAUGCAUUCGGUGUUGUAGGCUUUUGGACAUGGGCGUUUUGUUUUUCGAAACUACCAGAAUUAAUCGAUACGGUCUUUAUCGUUCUUCGUAAACAACCAUUAAUAUUUCUUCAUUGGUACCAUCAUGCAUCUGUAUUAGUUUAUUGUUGGUUUAGCUAUCAAGAUUACAGCUCAACUGGCAGAUGGUUUUGUGGAUUGAAUUAUGUUGUUCAUGGAGUUAUGUAUUCAUAUUAUGCUUUUCGUGCUUUACGAUUUCGAAUACCACGUUGGAUAUCAAUGAUAAUAACAUUACUUCAAUUAAUACAGAUGGUUGUUGGAUGUUUUAUUAACAUAAGAGCAUGGCAAUAUAAAAAGAACGGUGAAUCCUGUCAAGUCACCGAUGAGAAUCUGAAAGUUUCAUUUGUUAUGUAUGGAACAUAUUUCGUAUUGUUUGCUCAGUUUUUUCUGGGCUCAUAUAUCGUUAAAAAAUCUCAUGGAAAAAGUCAGAAAAAUGCAACGCCUAAAAAAGUUGAUUAA